CUGUUCGUUCAGGUACAAUUGGAUCCUGAUGCUGUGGAGAAAUUGGUUGUCAAUGCGGCCGAUUUUGAGUACGCCCUGGAAAACGAUAUUAAACCGGCGUUUGGUCGAAGUGAUGAAUCGCUUGAGAAAUUCUUGAGGCGGGGUAUGGUCGUUUGGGGUAAAGAGGUGACGCGCAUUCUUGAAGAAGGUGCUCGUUUGGUUGAAGAAACUGUCAAUCCUGAUGCUGGAGGAUUUGUAACAGCGGUAUUAGCUGGAGCGCCAAGGACAGGAAAGAGCUUCCUGGCUGCGGAAAUUGCUCGAUCCUCAGAUUUCCCUCUAAUCAAGGUAAUAUCUCCCGGUGAUAUGGUAGGUUUUUCGGAAUCCGCUAAGUGUCAAUUGCUCCGAAAAGCUUUUACUGAUGCAUUCCGCUCGAAGUUGAGUGUCCUUCUGAUAGAUAAUAUUGAAAGAUUGCUAGACUAUUCACCUGUCGGCCCUCGGUUCUCCAAUCUUGUUCUACAAGCCCUGCUUGUUAUGUUGAAUGAGCCUCCCCCUCCGGUAUGUCAUUCUGCCAUACUACAUAAUUUUUAA